UAACGUACUGAAGAAAUGAACGUUUUUCCAGGCCGGCUGCCCAAGUCGUCUAAUAUCGAAGAGUUUAAGGAGAAUUUGCUGAAGGGAGUGGACAUGGUCACUGAUGACAAGCGUUGGUCAACGAACAGCUACGGGAUGCCGGGCAAGUCAGCCAGGAUUAACAACAUCGACCGCUUUGACACUUCUUUUUUCGGGGUACACCCCAAGCAAGCACACGUAAUGGACCCACAGCUUCGCAUAUUGUUAGAAGUCGUAUACGAGGCGAUAGUUGACGCUGGCGUCAAUCCUUCCACCAUAAGAGGAUCGCGUACAGGAGUGUUCAUGGGUGUCACUUACACAGAAACGGAGGAUUUAUUGAUUAGAAAUGCAGAUAUCGCCAACGGAUACGUAAUGCUCGGGGGUGCGAAAUCAAUGUUCGCUAACAGAAUCUCCUUCUCCUUCGAUUUUAAUGGGCCCAGCUACACGGUGGACACGGGUUGCUCCUCGUCCUUGUACUGCAUGCAUCAGGCAGUCGCCGCAAUGCGCAACGGCGAGUGCGAUGCUGCGAUCGUCGGUGGAACGAAUCUUAUAUUGACACUCGAGAGAUCGCUUCAAUGUUAUAGCCUGAAUAUGCUCUCCCAGGAUGGCAAGUGCAAAGUGUUCGAUGCAUCGGGUGACGGUUACGUGAGGGCCGAGGCGGUAGUGGCAAUAUACCUGCAAAAAGCGACGGAUGCGCGCAGGAUGUAUGCCACAGUGGUUCACACGAAGACAAACACCGAUGGCUACAAAUCUGAAGGUGUCACGUAUCCCAAUCGUGACAUGCAGAAUCGAUUGAUGCGCGAGAUUUACAGCGAGGCAGGAAUUAAUCCUUUAGACGUCAGCUACAUAGAAGCCCAUGGUACCGGCACCAAAGUAGGCGAUCCAGAGGAAGUCAAUUCUAUCGACGCACUAUUCUGUAAAGAUAGAAAGACUCCUUUGCUGAUCGGAUCGGUCAAGUCCAACAUGGGGCAUCCGGAACCGGCAAGUGGAUUGUGCUCGAUAGCUAAAGUGCUGAUCGCAAUGGAAACGGGCGUGAUACCCGCGAAUUUGCACUUCAACACUCCGAAUCCAAACAUUCGUGGCUUAAACGAGGGACGUAUUCAAGUAGUCGACAAGGCCACAUCGUGGAACGGUGGUCUCGUGGGCAUCAACUCGUUCGGAUUCGGCGGCGCAAAUGCACACAUCCUUCUGCGCAGCAAUUCAAAACCAAAAUUACCACCGCUAUUAAGCGUCGCUGAACUCUUGCCCAAAUUGGUCGCGGUUUCAGGUCGAACGGAAGAAGCUGCGCAUACCUUACUGGACAAAGCGAAAGA